AUGUCUGCUGCUUCGAUAAGUAAUGACCCCUGGAGGUCUGCGAAGGACGCCAAUGGAAGAACGUACUAUUACAAUAUCAAUACGAAGGAAUCCAGAUGGGAUCGGCCUGCUUCGAUGGAAGGUAGUACCAAUAAUGACGAUAGUGAUAAGAUGUUGCUAGAGCAGAUUGGUUGGAAGUCUAAUGUUACCAAUGAGGGGAAAGUCUAUUAUUACAAUUUGAAAACGGGAGAAUCUAGAUGGGAUGUUAAUGACUUGAUAAGGCAAGAGCGAAUGAAAAAUGCAAAGGGAAAGGAAGAACCAAAAGUCGAGGAGAAAAAAGAAGAGAAAGAUAAAGUUAAAACAGAUGAAAUACUGAAGGGAAAUAUAUUGAAACAGGAUAAUACUGAAGGAACUAAGUAUUCCAAUCAUUCAACCAUCAUGCACGUCACCAAGAAACUUCCGGAAGAUGCUGAAAUUGAUUUCAUGAAGAUGCUAAGGGAAAAUAAGGUGGAUUCUACUUGGUCAUUUAGUAAGAUUAUAACAGAGUUAGGAUCAAAAGAUCCCAGAUAUUGGUUAGUCGAUGAUGAUCCCCUAUGGAAGCAACAAAUGUUUGAAAAAUAUCUUUCUAAUAGAUCGGAAAAAGAAUUAUUGAAAGAACAUAAUGAAAUUAAUAAAUUCAAAGAAGCAUUUGUGGCAAUGCUGGAGGCAAACUCCAAAAUAACGUAUUAUACUCGAUGGCCAACAGCGAGAAGACUCAUUGCUAAUGAACCAAUCUAUAAACAUUCUGUGUUCAAUGAAAGAAUAAAGAAAAAGACCUUUCAAGAUUACAUUGCUAAAUUACAAAAGCAACAUCAAGAAACUCAAUCAAAACUGAAAGAGCAAGCACUAAUGGAACUGCGUGAAUAUUUGAAAUCAAUCCUUUUGAACAAAAAGAAAAAUAAUAGUGAUGGCGAACAAGAAGAAAAUACCAUGAUAUCGUGGCAAACGUUAUCAAAUAAUUUUCUUUUUGAAAAGAGUAAAAGGUAUAUGGCUAAUAAACAUUUCAAGAUUCUAACACGUGAAGAUAUUUUAAGAGAAUAUCUAACAUUUGUGACAGAGUACGAAAAUGAGUUAUCGUUAAGGUUAUCCACCCUGAAUGAGAGAAAUUACACACGAGAUAGGAUAGCUCGUGAUAAUUAUAAGAGCUUAUUAUUGCAAACAUCUAAAUUUAAGAUUAGAGCCAAUUCUAAUUGGAAAGAUUUUUACAUGGUUUUCAAAAACGAUAAGAAAUUUCAAGACCUUCUUGGAAGGAAUGGUUCUACGGCAUUGGAUUUAUUUUUGGAUUAUGUUGAAGAAAAAUCAAUAACAAUUAAAGGCCAAAGAGCUAUUGCUCAACAAAUAUUGAUUGAAAAUGAGUUUCAAUGGAAUGGUGACCGGGAUCAAAAUUAUACAACGACCAGCGAUGAACUUUCAAAAAUACUCUCAAACAAUACAUCAUUUAAGAAUGUAGAUGAAGAAGAUAUAAAAAUCAUAGUUGAUCAACUUAUUAACCUAAGGAAAGAAAAGAAACGAGAACAAGAAGAGCUAGAACAUCGCAUACAGGAACAAAAGAAACAUUAUUUCAAAGUGAUGGUCCAAAAUUAUCUUAGAACCAUUGGAAAGGAACAAUCAUGGGAUCUUGCAAAGGAAACGAUAAAAAAUACUCCGGAAUUUAGAGAACUUAACGAUGAGAAUACAGGGAAAUUGAUCUUUGAAGAAGUUCAAAAGUUCAUAAAGGAUGGAUUGGCAACAGUAACAGGAGCAACUAUUAACCAAAAGAAAAGAAAUUUGGAACCAUCUGUAAAACUAGAUUAUUGA